AUGGCGGUAAGCAACUCAAGACCCGCGAUCCGUCAUUCAUUUGAAACUUUUAAGACUGAGCUCGUGAGAGUUUUCGAUCAUCCGGUUAAAGGCAAGGAGGCAGCCAGCCGCCUGCUGGAUUUUUCCCAAGGCGAUCUGACCGUAGCGGAUUACUCUAUUCAGUUUCGCAUUUUGGCCGCGGAGUGCGGUUUUGAGGAAGCAGCGCUGUGUGGUAUUUUUCGGCGCGGGCUGUCUUCGGCGGUUAAAGACGAGUUGGCGGCCCGGGAUGACUCAUCGAAUCUGCAGGAGCUGAUUGAGUUGUCCGUAAAUUUGGGUCAUCGUCUAAAAGAGCGUGAGAGAGAGAGAGCUGCGGAGCAUCGGGAACGUCGCGGGUCAACGCCGCAUAGCAGCCCGACGGCGGCCGGUCCGGACGGCUUCAUCAAACCACCGUUGGUCUCUACGUCGACACGUAGGCCGGUACCGACGGGGAAGGAGCCAAUGCAACUCGGCGGCGGACAUCUUUCUGCGGCGGAGCGACGAAGACUGAUGAUGGCAGGCUUGUGUCUGUUUUGUGGCUUGCCGGGGCACCGUGUCGCCGCUUGUGACGCCGCCCCUUCGCAUCGACUGGAAUCUUCGUUGCCUGGGGCUCCCCUCGCCCGAGGGGGUACUAGUACGAGGUUCGUACAAGACAGCAAUCCCUCAAGUGAGUUGCCUUUGGACGAGUUGAAGGAACAAAGAGACUCCCAAGAAAAAACUGCUACCGAGCCUGCUUAUUUGAAAAAUGUUCCCGCCGAGUAUCAUGAUCUCCAGCGUGUAUUCAGUAAAGAGCAGGCUGGUACCCUGCCCCCGCACCGUCCUUACGACUGUGCCAUUGAUCUGCUGCCCAAUGCACCGUUGCCCAGUUCGCGAUUAUACAAGGUCUCUAGACCGGAGCAGGAAGCUAUGAGGGAAUACAUCUCCUCUUCCUUGGCUUCGGGCCUUAUUCGCCCUUCGUCCUCUCCUUUGGGGGCGGGGUUUUUCUUCAUUGGCAAAAAAGAUGGGGGACUUAGACCGUGCAUCGACUACCGGGGUCUCAACGAGAUUACUGUUAAAAAUAAAUACCCGUUACCGUUGUUGGAUUCGGCUUUCGCGCCGCUAAAAUCUGCCACCAUUUUCACCAAAUUAGACUUGCGCAGCGCUUACCACUUGGUCAGGAUUCGUGAAGGAGACGAGUGGAAAACCGCAUUUAAAACCCCGCUUGGGCAUUUUGAAUACUUGGUCAUGCCUUUCGGUCUGACAAAUGCGCCCGCAGUGUUUCAGAGCCUCAUUAAUGACGUAUUGCGGGACAUGCUAAAUGUGUUCUGUUUUGUUUAUUUGGAUGACAUCUUAAUUUUCUCCAGAAGCUUGCAAGAACAUCGCCAACAUGUCCGGAUAGUUCUGCGAAGACUGUUGGAAAACCGGUUGUUUGUUAAGGCCGAGAAGUGUGAGUUUCACCGUGAGUCAAUGCAGUUUCUCGGUUUUGUUGUGGAAAAAGGGCAGCUAAGGCCUGAUCCAGCAAAAAUUCAGGCGGUGGCAGAGUGGCCCACCCCCACCUCACGUAAACAAUUACAACGUUUCCUCGGGUUUGCUAACUUUUACAGGCGUUUUAUCCGCAAUUAUAGUAUGAGGGCCGAGCCCCUUACCAGGUUGACCUCUAACAAGCGACCAUUUGUGUGGUCCUCUGUGGCAGAGGCCGCAUUUGUAAGCCUUAAACGAGCGUUCACAAACUCACCUGUCCUUGUUCAUGCUGACUCAGAUCUCCCUUUUGUGGUCGAGGUUGACGCAUCGAGUUCCGGAGUGGGGGCCAUCCUUUCCCAGAGGUCUGCAGUCGACCAGAGGCUGCACCCCUGUGCAUUCUACUCCCGCCGCCUCAGCCCGGCCGAGGCGAAUUAUGAUGUUGGCAACAGGGAGCUGCUCGCUAUAGUCCAGGCAUUGCAGGAAUGGAGACACUGGUUGGAGGGCACUGAGGUACCGUUCCAGAUAUACACAGACCAUAAGAACUUGGAAUACCUUCGUGCAGCCAAGCGCCUCAACUCUUGCCAGGCCCGCUGGGCAUUGUUCCUGACCCGUUUCAACUUCCAGAUUACCUACCGUCCAGGGUCAAGGAACGGGAAGCCCGAUGCGCUGUCAAGGCUCCAUGAGGCAGCGGAGGAGGGGUCUUCAGAGGAGUCUAUUGUUCCCGAGAAUCUGAUCGUUGGCGCCCUACGUUGGGAAGUAGAGCGUCUUGUGGAAGAAGCCUUACGAGGGGUUAGGGUACCUGGGGGCUGCCCUGCCAGCAAGUUGUUCGUCCCAGUUGCUCAGCGCGCAGGAGUGCUGAAGGGUUGUUCGGUCAUCUUGACAGUGGUGGACCGGUUUUCCAAGAUGGCGCAUUUCGUCGCACUUCCCAAGUUGCCUUCAGCCCUGGAGACCGCUGACCUGCUGGUGACACAUGUUUUUCGGGCUCAUGGCAUCCCGUGCGACCUAGUCUCUGAUAGAGGGCCCCAGUUUGUCUCACAGGUCUGGGGAGCGUUCUGCAAGGCUUUGGGGGCCACCUCAAGCAAAUCUUCGGGUUACCACCCACAAUCCAAUGGGCAGACGGAACGGCCUCCACUGUUUCCUUCCCAAGAAGCCGAAGUCAUCGUGCCAUCUGUCCAGGUGCACCUGCGGAGGGCCCAUAGGGUCUGGAGGGACGCAAGGGCUGCACUAGUCCGCACGGCGGCCCGCAACCGGCAGAUAGCUGAUCGCCACCGACGGCCCGCUCCAGUCUAUCGCCCAGGCCAGAUGGUCUGGCUGUCAACGCGGGAUUUACACCUGGCUGGGACUUCUAAGAAACUGGGCCCUCGGUUCGUGGGUCCUUUUGCUGUUGAUGCUGUGGUGAACCCUGUGACUGAGGAAGCCUCAUCUGAAGACAGUGAACAAGAAAGCCCGCAAACAGUUUGCUGA